UCGCCAUCGCCAUUGCAUGCGAACCGCAUGAGGACGCACACGGAGCAUGGCAUGGAUUUAGCGUGAUCGUGUGGCGUUUUUAGCUACGCAUCAAGUGUGAAAACAAUCUAGCGCUUCAUGUCAGUUAAUGCAAGACAUACGUGAAUUAAUUAUGCUCAAAUACGUGCCUCUAGCACGAGUACUGGGUACCAUGAACGUGCUGCGCGCUGGGCCUGGAACUUUUCAAGUGCAGACUGCGAUUCUUCCAGCACUGAGAGGCCGCCUCAACAGCACAUCCUCCAGCCAUGUGACGAAAGAGCAAGAAACGGCUGUAGAUAUCGACAUGCCAGAUUUCAGCAUGGAAAACCCAUUUAAAAAGGAGCCUCGCCAGUGCAUCCUCUGCAAACACAACAUACAAGUUGACUACAAGAAUGUUAAACUUCUGAGCCAGUUUGUGUCGCCAUAUACUGGAAAAAUUUAUGAGAAACACAUCACUGGACUGUGUCAAAAACAGCAAGAAAGUGUCAAGAGAGAAAUCAUGAAAGCAAAGAAGUGUGGUAUGAUGCCACACUACCUGAAAAUGCCGAAGUUUUUGAAGGAUCCAAAACUGUUUGAUGCAUUCAAGCCAACUAGACCCAACCCGCACUGAUCUCUAACCACAGUGCAAGAACGAAGUUGUAAAAAGAAAGUAGAAUAAACAGUACAAUUUA